GGAGGCGACAUGCACGCGGCGGCGGAGCGGCGCGAUCCCCCUGCUCCGGGGGCUGCUGCUGCUGCUCCUGCCCCUGCUGCUGCCCCUGCCCCUGCUCGGGGGGCUGUGCGCCGCGGAGGCUUGCUGGCGAGGGCUGGGAGCGACAGUGAUGACAGCGAGGAGGAGUGGCGGUGGGGCCGGUUCAUGAGGCACAUGCGGCCGGACAGGGUACGGCAGCCCCCGCCCCCGCCUCAGCACCAGCCGCUGCAGGCAGCAGCCGCAGGUGUCGGCCCGGCAGCAGCGGGAGCCGCAGCAGCCCCACGCCAGGAGCUCCUCGCCAUGUUGGCCGCAGAGCCCCCCCAGCAGCCCCCCCAGCAGCUGCAGCAGUUCCCUCUGGAGCCCCCGCCUGCACCCCCACCGCUCCACCACCUUCCCGCCCCCCAGCCCGCCCCACCGCAGCCCCCUCUCAUGCGGCUCCACGACGUCCACCCCCUCGCACAACCGCCGCAGCCCCAACCCGCACCCCAACAACACCUCCUCCUCAACCCCCCUCCCGCACCCGCACCCGCACCCGCCCCGGCUGCUGCUGCUGCCCCCGCUGUGAGCCUGCACUCCAAGCAGGGCGGCUGCCCGCGCCUCAUCGAGCUGCGGUUGGAGGGCUGCGAGGGGCUGCGGCGGGCGGUGCUGCGGCACGGCCGGCUGCAGCUGCUGAGCCUGCGCGGCUGCCGGGGCCUGCAGUCGCUGCGGCUGAGCUGUCCGGCGCUGGGCGGGUUGCAGCUGGAGGAGUGCGGGGAGCUGGGGGAGGUGGAGCUGGCGCCGGGGGGAGUGAGCAGCCUGCAGCUGGGCGCCUGCUGCUCCCUGCGCUCCGCCCGGCUGGAGUGCCCCUCCCUCACCUCCCUCAGCCUCAAGGGCUGCGGCUCGCUGCAGUCACUGGCACUGGACUGCCCGCGCCUGGCCUGUGUGGAUGCAACCUUCUGCGGGGCGCUGAGGGACGAGGCCCUGCUCUCCGCGCUGUCCUCCCGCCCGCUGCAGCUCACCUCGCUGGUGCUCUCCGUCUGCUCCGCCCUCGGCCCCUCCGCCGGCCUCGCCCCCCCCGCCCUGGCCGCCCUGGCCCAGCUCCGCCACCUUGACUUGUCGUACAGCGGGGUGGCGGAGCUGGGUCCGCUGCUGGGCGGCUGCAGCAGGCUGACGGCGCUAUGCCUGGGGAGCUGCCGAGAGCUGCGGGGGGAGGAGCUGCUGCAGCUGCUGCCGGAUAGGGGUCACGCGCUGCCCGAGCUGGCCUCCCUGGACCUGUCGUACUGCCCGCUGCCCGCUGAGGCGGUGGUGCCGCUGGCACUGGGCCUCACGCACCUGACCCACUUGGCGCUGAACGGCUGCUCGGGGGUGGACGAGGGCUUCUGGAGGGCGGCGGCGGCGGUGGGGGCGUCGAGUGCGACUGACAACACCAGGAACACCACCACCGGCAGCAGGGAGAGUGCAGAAGAGGGAAGAGUGGUGGCCCCUGUGGCGGCGGCGGGUGCAGUGGCUGCGGGUGCGGGCACAGGUGGUGGGGCAGUGGUGCCGUACAGCGCUACAGCGCCGUCCACCACUGCCGCCGCCACUGCUGCUGGCGUUACGUCGCUGCUCGAGCGGCUGAGCCUGGUGCGCUGCAGCGGCCUGCGCUCGCUGUGCCUGGGGCUGCUGCCGGAGACGGAGGAGGACCCGGGUGACCCGCGGGUCGCUGGCGGUAGCGGUGGCGGCAGCAGAGAGGCUGCCGGUGCGGGUGGGAAGCCGUCGAGCGGGCGGCGGCGCGAGCUGGCUGCGGCCGUCCGCCUGCCCCCGAGUCCCCCCUGGCAGCCGGCGGGGUGUGUGCUGUCGGGGCUGAGGAGCCUGCGACUGGGGCUCAGCGGGGUGCAGACCGUUGCCCUCUCCCUGCCGCUCCUCUCCCACCUGGACCUGGACGGCUGCAGCGGGCUGGCCUGUCUGGAGCUGCGCUGCCCCGCCCUGGCGGAGCUGCACCUGCAGGCCUGCUGCGCGCUGCCGGCCGCCCUGCUGCCGCCGCUGCUGCUGGGGCUGUCGGCGGCGCGGGGCGGCAGGGGGCUGGCGCUGCUAGACGCGCAGCACGCGGGGCCGCUGGGGGAGGCGCUGGCGGCGGCGGUGGCGGCGGCGAAGCUGAUGG